ACCAAAAAAAAAAAAAGGUGUGUCUGCUUAGGUUUAGAAAUCAAGCAACGGUGGUGCGAGGAAGAAGAAGAAGAAGAAGAAGGAAAGAGAGAGAUUUUUCUUUCUCUGAAAUUUCAAAGAAAACCUGAAAAAUUUGGUUGUGUUGGUGCUCCGGAAUUGAGGAAACAGAAUGUAUGGAGAUUGCCAAAUUAUGUCAUCGUCAAUGGGAGGAGAUAACAUGGUGUCUUCUUCGGAAAGCAUUUUUACCUCAACGAUCCAAAACCCUAACUUCAACUUCUUACCGUUCAAUCAUCCUUUUCCUCCCAUGCUUAAAGAUGAAAAUGGGCUAAUGCUGGGAUCAGGAAAGGAAGAGAUGGAGAUGAGCGGGUCUGGAAGUGAACAAUUAGUGGAGGAGAAGUCAGGGAAUGAGCAAGAAACAACUGAACAAUCCGGUGGCGGCGGCCCCAAGAAGAAACGCUACCACCGCCACACUUCUAGACAGAUCCAAGCAAUGGAAGCACUGUUUAAGCAAUGUCCACACCCUGAUGACAAACAAAGAACUCAACUGAGUCAAGAUCUCGGCCUCAAGCCACGCCAAGUCAAGUUCUGGUUCCAAAACCGGCGAACCCAGAUGAAGGCUCAUCAAGAUCGGUCGGAUAAUGUUUUGCUUAGAGGAGAGAACGAGACUCUUAAGAAUGAGAACUACCGACUGCAGGAAGAGUUACGCCAUCUCUUUUGUCCUAACUGUGGUGGUCAAGCUAUUCUUGGGGGUAUUUCCUUCGAAGAUCUUCGGCUUGAGAAUGCUCGCCUUCGAGAGGAGUUGGAAAGAGUUUGCAAUAUUGUGUCAAGAUAUACUGGCCGGCCAAUGCAAAUGUCACCGGCUCCGGCUGCUUCUCCGAUGAUGCCACCAUCGUUGGAUUUGGAUAUGAGUAUAUAUCCACGGCAUUACACGGAGGCGGAGCCAACUGCUGCUUCCUCUGGAGAAAUUUUUCCUCUUCCUAUGUUUCCUUCAGGAUCAUCCCCCUUCAUUGAGAGUCACGGUUUGUUGUUAAUGGAAGAGGAGAAGACUCUUGCGAUGGAGCUGGCAGUCUCAUCCUUGGAUGAACUCGUGAAGAUGUGCCAGACAACCAAGCCUCUUUGGACUCGAAACAACGAAACCGGAAAGGAGACACUUAAUCUUGAGGAAUAUGCUAAGAUGUUUCCCUGGCCUCUGAAUUUCAAACAGAACUCCACUGAAUUCCGGAGAGAAGCGAGUCGAGACAGUGCUGUGGUUAUAAUGAACAGCAUCACUUUGGUUGAUGCAUUUCUGGACGCUAAUAAGUGGAUGGAGCUGUUUCCUUCCAUUGUUGCUAGAGCAAAGACGGUUCAAGUUAUAUCAUCUGGGGUUACUGGAGCGAGUGGUUCUCUUCUCUUGAUGUAUGCAGAACUUCAAGUUCUUUCUCCUCUGGUGCCCACUAGAGAGGCAUAUUUUCUUCGAUAUUGUCAACGGAAUAUUGAAGAGGGAACUUGGGCAAUAGUUGAUUUCCCUAUUGAUGGUCUCCAUGAGGACAUCCAGUCUUCCUUUCCCCUUUAUAGGAGACGACCCUCUGGCUGUGUGAUUCAAGAUAUGCCUAACGGGUACUCAAGGGUUACAUGGGUGGAACAUGCCGAGGUAGAGGAGAAACCUGUUCAUCAGAUAUUCAGCCACUAUGUGUAUAAUGGAAUGGCAUUUGAAGCAAAUCGGUGGUUAGCAGUUUUACAGCGCCAAUGUGAGAGGGUUGCUAGCCUCAUGGCUCGAAAUAUUCCAGAGUCAGGAGUGAUACGCUCACCAGAAGCAAGGAAAAACUUGAUGAUGCUUGCUCAAAGAAUGAUCAGAACAUUCUGUGUUAACAUUAGCCCUUCAAGUGGCCAGCUGUGGACAGUUUUGCCUGAUUCCCUUGAUGACACUGUUAGAAUCACAACCAGAAAAAUGGCUGAACCUGGCCAACCCAAUGGACUGAUACUUUGCGCUGUAUCCACCAUUUGGCUACCGUAUCCUCACUACCAAGUCUUUGAUCUCUUAAGAGAUGAACGUCGCUGGUCUCAGCUGGAAGUUCUUUCAAAUGGAAAUGACUUGCAGGAGGUGGCUCAUAUUGCUAAUGGUUCUCAUCCUGGAAACUGCAUUUCCCUUCUUCGAAUCAAUGUUGCAAGCAACUCAUCCCAUCAUGUAGAGCUGAUGUUGCAAGAGAGUUGCACUGAUCAAUCUGGCGGUCUGGUUGUCUACUCCACAGUUGAUAUUGAGUCAAUUAAGCUGGUGAUGAGCGGUGAGGAUCCAUCCUGCAUCCCUCUGCUGCCCAUAGGGUUUGUCAUCACCCCAGUAGAACCCAUCAAUGAAAUAGCAAGUACUAGUGAGGCCAACUCAAUCCCACCGCCAGAUGAAGAAGUAAACAGGCGAACUGCAUCUGGCACUCUACUCACGGUGGGGCUUCAAGUCCUUGCUAGCACUGUUGCAUCAGCAAGAAUCAAUCUAUCAAGCAUUGCAGCCAUCAACAACCAUUUAUGCACAACAAUUCAACAGAUUAGGGAUGCUCUGGGUGACCACGGCAACACUGUAGGCUCGGAUCAGCCUGCUGUUGCGGCAACCAAAGAAUAGACUUCUCCACAAACCUCUCUUCUCUUUUCUUAACCUCGGAAGCAAUGGCAUAGUUUGGUACUUUUUAAGGUAAGGUUUUAGUGUAAAUGGUGAUGGAGGAGUUUAGAGUUUCUGAUAUAGGUUGUCGUGCCUAUGUAAUGCAUGGUGAUGGAGGAGGUUUUUAUAUGUAACGGUGGGAGUCAAGAGCGCACCAGAUAUGACCCUUGCUUUGUGGUAAGGUCCAUUGAAGGUAUGGGGACCUUACCAAUCAGCCAGGGUGGUGGUUCGGGUAUUGACUUCUCCUUUCUGUCUGAUCUUUAGAGGUUAAUAUCUUUUCUUUUUUUUUUUUGGAUACAUUAGAGGUUAAUUUCUAUCUUUUGAAUUUAAUGUCAUUGCAUUCCUCUCCUCAUUGUGUGUCACAUGAGUUAUAUAAUAUGGAAAAGUACUGUUGCAAAUAUAGAUUUCGGAGGCUC